GCUGCAAAUUAUGUAAGCUUUCUUGGUCAGUGCUGGCGGUCGAAAAUUGAUGCUUGCAUAAUGUGACAUUAGAGAGUUGAAAACUAGUACAGUAUAUAGGGCAGAUGCUUUCCUUCAAUCAUGAUUUUAUAUGGGAUCAUUCCAAGUCAUUGCCUAGAACAUCCCUACAUCGUUCAUCAAUUCUUCCCCGGUAUAAUCAAUGGCUGCGGUUUUACCAACUACAUCGAAAGUCUGGAGAGUCCAAGGAACGGACGGAUUUGACAGUCUGCACUACAAUCCGGAGGAGGCUAUAGCAGAGUUGUCAGACAAUGAUGUUCUCGUCAAGUUCCAUGCCGCUUCUUUGAACUACAGAGAUGUCUCAAUACCUCAUGGAACAUUUCCAUUCGGGUUUAAAAAAGGUGUCGUACCAGGAUCAGAUGGUGCAGGAGAAGUAGUGGCGGUUGGUGCAAGAGUGACACGGUUCCAGAAAGGCUCGAAAGUCGUGACUCAAUUCAACCAGAAACAUAUUUAUGGCUCGCUUACCUCGAAGAGUAUAAGUACUGCACUCGGCGGGGACCUCGAUGGCGUUCUUCGUCAAUACGGAACUUUCAGUGAAGAGGGUCUUGUGCCGAUGCCGAGAUCACUGGAUUAUAUGCACGCUUCCACUUUGACGGGCGCUGGGGUAACAGCAUGGAAUGCUUUAUAUGGCCUCAAACCAGUCAGGCCGGGAGAUUUCGUGUUAACACAAGGCACGGGCGGAGUAUCGCUAUUUGCAAUUCAAUUCGCGAAAGCUGCUGGUGCUACGGUUAUUGCUACAACUUCGUCUCCUGCAAAAGUCCAACAACUGAAAGAUUUGGGCGCAGAUCAUGUAAUUAAUUAUAGAGAGGUCACAAAUUGGGGGGAGGAAGCCAAGAAAUUGACAGGUUUAAGAGAGGGUGUCGAUCAUGUUAUCGAGAUCGGCGGAGGUGGAACCAUGGCACAAUCUAUCAAAUCGAUCAGGAUUGAUGGCGUUAUCAGUGUUAUUGGCUGGCUGAGCAAGGCAGACGAAAAAGAGCCGAGCUUCCUUGAAACUGUUAGCAAAGUCUUCACUGUCCGAGGGUUGUUCGUCGGAAGCAGAGCAAUGUUCGAAGAGAUGAAUGCUGCCAUUGACGCCACCAAUCUCAAACCGGUCAUUGACCGUCGCGUAUUUAAGCUGGAGGAUCUCAAAGAAGCGUACACAUACUUGAAGGAGCAGAAGCACAUUGGCAAAGUCUGUAUUACCAUGGAGUAAUCUUCGACUUUAUCCAGAAUGAAGAGUUUAGCAUGGGUAGAGCUUCACAGAAUUUUGAAUUUCUCAUGAAAGACUUCA